AUGAAGGUGAUUCUAACCAUCUUCUUCAUUUUAUCCCUCCUCUCUCUCUCCCACGCUUCUGUGGUAGAUUUCUGUGUGGCAGAUUACACAGCUCCCAAUGGCCCUGCAGGGUACUCAUGCAAGAAGCCUGCAAAGGUAACAGUGGAUGACUUUGUCUACUCUGGCCUUGGCACUGCUGGCAACACCUCAAACAUCAUCAAAGCUGCAGUGACUCCAGCAUUUGAUGCCCAAUACCCUGGUGUCAAUGGACUUGGCAUUUCCGUUGCACGUUUGGACUUGGCAUCUGGUGGGGUUAUCCCACUCCACACGCACCCUGGAGCCUCAGAACUUUUGGUUGUGGUGGAGGGUCAAAUCUGUGCUGGAUUUGUUGAUUCCGGCAACAACGUGUAUCUCAAAACCCUAGAAAAAGGUGAUGUCAUGGUGUUCCCUCAGGGCUUGUUGCACUUCCAAAUCAACUCUGGUAAGUCUCCGGCUUUGGCUUUUGUGAGUUUCAGCAGUGCCAACCCUGGCCUCCAGAUUCUCGACUUUGCUUUGUUCAAGAGUGACUUCCCCACUGAACUCAUCACCCAAACCACUUUCAUUGACGCUGCAGUGGUCAAGAAGCUGAAGAGUGUUCUUGGAGGGUCAGGUUAA